AUGGCCGCGAGUGGCGGCCCGGACCGUGAACGGCAAACCGCCAUUCGGCUCUUCGGCCUCAGCCUCGCCGCCACCGCCGCGGCCGCAACCGAGGUUAGCACCAAGUUAGCAGAUGAUGUAAGAAGCAAUGAUGGCAUACCAUGCCUUCCAAACAAGUCAUUGAACGUCGGAGCAAGCUCGUCCGGCUCCAAGAACAAUAAGGAGGACGGGUUACAAGCUAUCAGCAGUCAGCAUGGGAAAAUGGUUGCAGAUUCAGAGUCUGCCAAAGGUGAGGAUGGUUUACAAGCUAUCAGCAGUCAGCAUGAGAAAAUGGAAGCUGAUUCCAAGUCUGAGGAAGCUAAGAAUGGCUUGCAAGCUAUCAACAGUCAGCAUGGGGAGAUGGAAGCUGAUUCCAAGUCUGAGGAAGUUAAGACUGAUUCUGAUGGAUCUGGGCAGGAGAAGGUAUUCAAGAAGCCAGAUACCAUUCUUCCCUGUCCUCGCUGCGACAGUAUGAACACAAAGUUCUGCUACUUCAACAAUUACAACGCGAACCAACCCAGGCACUACUGCCGGGCCUGCAGGAGGUACUGGACUGACGGGGGAACUUUGAGGAAUGUCCCUGUCGGCUGCAAGCGCAGAAACAAGGGACCAUAUAAACGCCAUUUUGCCAUGCAGUCAUAUGAUUAUGCCAUAGCUGCUAAUGGAAGUGUUCCUGCCACAUCUAGCAGCCAAUCUCGUGCAAUCAUGCCACCUGUCCUUCCAGGUCCAGCAAAAGAAAAUGAAGCCAUUGCAGCUUCUGGAUCAGAAGUGGUGCUUCGUCAGUCUAUAUCUCCAGUACCUGAUGCUGAAGAGCAGAAGAACAACACCCAUGUUUCCUUGGGCUCUGGUGACGACAAGGGACAAAAACCAGGCCCAUCAGCUGCAGUGGCACCUGGUUCCUCAGAAAAUCCAGUGCUGGAGAAGGUGGGCAAUUACAUUUCAGAGUACAGUAAUGGCGUGAGAGUGCCUCCUCCCCACACUCAGUCUUACCCUGUUGCUGUCAGGGCAUAUACUGACUUCUCAACAGAUGGUGCUCGAGGGUUGGCACGUAGCGAGGUCAGUCCUAUUUCGUUGCUGCUAUCAACGAUGUCAGACCUAGGGAUUCUUGCACCUGCUGUUCCCGUCCCUCAACCUCCAAUGGCACCUUUGACCUUCCCUCAACCUCAAAUGGCACCUUUAACCUUCCCUCAACCUCAAAUGGCACCUUUGACCUCCCCUCAACCUCAAAUGGCACCUUUGACCUCCCCUCAACCUCAAACGGCACCUUUGACCUUCCCCCAACCUCCAGUGGCACCUUUCUGCAGCGGCAUUCCUGGCUGGCCUAAUGGAGCGUGGAGUGUGCCACGGCCUGGAAGUAGUGUCUCUACGACGCCAUAUCCUCCUCAAAACAGUGACACUACAAUGCCAAAUCUUCCUCAAAACAGUCUCCCUACAAUGUCAUAUCCUCCUCAAAACAGUUUUGCAAUGCCAUAUCCUCCUCAAAACAGUGUUGCUAGUUCAGGAAGCAGUUCUUUGACUCUGACUUUAGGAAAGCAUCCAAGGGAAGCUAAUUCGCAGGAAGAAGACAAGCCAGAAGAGACAUUCUGGGUCCCUAAAGCGCUCAGAAUCACUGACCCGGACGAGGCUGCAAAGAGCUCAAUCUGGGCCUCUCUAGGUAUCAAGCCUGAUGAAAGGCUCUUUUGCAAGUGUUUCCAGUCAAAGAAUCUUAAAAAUGGCAAGGCACCAGAAUCUCCACAGGCUCUGCAGGCCAAUCCAGCGGUGUUUUCUGACCCCUCGGACAUUUCAGGGGAGGAUACCAGAGGAUUUCUGCAUCUGUGAUAACAUACUGCAAA